AUGGCAGAUAACCACACCCAAUUUCAACACCUUUACUUUGUGCUAACUGGACUUCCAGGGCUUGAACAACAGUAUUACUGGAUGGCACUUCCACUGGGUGCUAUAUAUUUUAUUGCCCUCUUUGGUAAUGGUAUCAUCAUCUCCACCAUCAAGUCUGAGUCGUCCCUGCAUAUCCCCAUGUAUUAUUUCCUCUGCAUGCUGGCAUUGGCUGACAUGGGACUUGCCCUCUGUACUUUGCCCUCUAUGCUGGGCAUAUUCUGGUUUAACUACAAACUAAUUGCUUUUGAUGCUUGUCUUGUUCAAAUGUACUUCAUCCAUACUUUCUCAGCUAUUGAAUCUGGAGUGCUGGUGGCCAUGGCUUUUGAUAGAGUUGUAGCUAUCUGGAACCCUCUCAGGUAUGGCACCAUCCUAACCAAUGGGGUGGUCUGCAGAAUAGGCGUGAUUAUCUUGUCGAGGGCUGUCUGUGUGGUCUUCCCUGUGCCUUUCCUCAUCAAGCGCCUUCCUUUCUACCGCUCCAACAUCCUCUCGCACUCCUUUUGCCUCCACCAAGAUGUCAUGCGCCUGGCCUGUGCCAGCACUCGUGUCAAUAGUCUUUAUGGGCUCAUUGCUGUUAUCUUUACCAAAGGUUCUGACUCCCUUUCCAUCCUCCUCUCCUAUGCUUUUAUUCUUCGAACGGUAAUGGCCAUUGCUUCAGGAGAAGGCAGACUGAAGGCACUCAACACCUGUGUGUCACACAUCUGUGCUGUGCUCAUCUUCUAUGUACCACUCAUUGGAGUGUCUGUCAUUCAUCGUUUUGGCAAACACCUUUCACCAUUGACUCAUGCCCUCAUGGCCAAUGCCUACCUUCUUGUGCCCCCUGUGUUAAACCCCGUAGUUUAUACUGUGAAGACCAAGGAGAUAAGAAGGAAGAUCAUCCAGAUAUUUGUUCGAACCAAGGUAACUGUAGAGGGUUGA